AUGGAUUCGAUUAUAUCCACAGCACUUGAUGAAAUCUGUUCUCAAGGAAACACAGGAAUCCCUCUCGUUACUUUAUGGUCACGUCUCUCUCCUCUCUCUUCUUCCAUCAAGACACAUGUCUGGAGAAAUCUUCUCACGAUCCCUCAGCUCCAAUUCAAGACGAAGAAGAACACAGUGUACGGAUCAUCAGAUACUUCGAUUCAAAACCUUGAUGAUGCCUUAAGACUCGAUUUGAGAAUCGUCGCGAAUGAGAACUUACGAGCUAACUUCGUUGGCUUGUACGAUACUCAAUCGAAUAACACGACUAUUCCCGCGAUUCAACGUCGUGUUCUUGAACGUUUGGCUAUUGCUAGAGACAAUGGUGAUGCACAAAAUCUGCUUGCGAAAGAGUUUGGUAUCGAUGGAAGGAACUUCUUCUAUAGUGUAAAGCAGCUUGAAUCUCGAGGUUUGAUUGUUAGGCAACCAGCAAUAGUGAGAACUAAAGAAGUUGAUUCCAAGACAACUUCAUGUAUUACCACCAACAUGAUAUACUUAACUCGUUACGCCAAGCCUAUGGGUUCACAACAGAGGUUUGAGAUUUGCAAAGAGGACUCUGUGUCAGAGCAUGAGACUACUGCGGCCGGAGAGGACACGCUCAUUAACGAUUUUCUACCAGCAAUGCAGGAAGUUUGUGAUAAGCUCGAAAAAGCUAACGACAAAGUUAUGCAGGUUUUAGUUAUCUCGGACAUUAAGCAAGACCUUGGUUAUACGGGAUCAGAUAUAAGGCAUAGAGCUUGGAGAAGUGUUUGUCGCCGGUUGAUAGAUUCUCAUGUAGUAGAGGAGUUUGAUGCCAUGGUGAACAAUAAGGUUGAAAGAUGUCUCCGUUUGUUAAAAAGAUUUUCAGCAGAAGAUUUUAACUAUUCUAGGAAAAAGCAACUCAUAAAAUUCGGAAGGAGUGUUCAAAAAACAGAACAGACUUUGGAGCUUUCAAUAGAUAAUCAAAUUUAUGAUAUGGUUGAUGCUCAAGGAUCUAAAGGCUUAGCUGUUAUGGAGUUAUGUGAAAGACUUGGGAUUGAUAAGAAGAAGAUCUAUGCUCGGCUUUGUAGUAUAUGUUCAAGAGUUGGGAUGCAUUUACAGGCAGAAAGCCACAAGAAGACUCGAGUAUUUCGACUUUGGACUUCUCGUCAUGCUCGGUCCAAGUCUUCUGAUAAGUUUCCUGAUAAAGCUGAAAAUAUUAGAGGGGAAGAUAAUGAUUCUAGUACACCUCAUGGUACUGAUGGAUUGGCUAAAACUAAAACCACAAUGGAACACAGUACUGCAAUUUCAGAUGCUGACUUUUCUACUACACCUGCAAGUGUAACUGAUUCUGAAAGGAAUUCAGGAGCCAAAAGAAGAAAGGUACCUACACGUCGUAACUUACAAGAGUCAUUCAAUGAGAUCGGUGAGAAGGUUGUUAAUGCUGCAAAAGGGUCCCCUGAUUUACCCAAGUCGGCUAAAUCAAAAGUGCAGCAACCUCAUGCUACUAUUGAAAACUCUAGGAGAGAGCACAGAAUACUUGAGCGUUUAAAAGAGGAGAAGUUUGUUUUGAGAGUGGAGUUCCAUAAAUGGCUUCUUACUUUUGAAAAGGACAGGAGCCCCAAGGUGGAUAGGAAAACCAUUUACAGAAUUCUAGACAGGCGUCAGGACAAAGGGCUCUGCAAAUGUGUUGGUAUUCGUGUUCCAAAUGUAAAUGAUUGUGACCGUAGUCGUUGCUCUGUGAUAGUUCUGCAUCCAUCUGUUCAAAGAUUGACUCGAGACAUAGGAAAUGAAAUUCAUGAUAGGAUUAGGUCUUUUGAAUUAGGAUUCCGUAGCCAGAGAUCAUCGAAGAGGGAAAGCGACAAGACAGUCCCAGUAUUGAAUGACGUUCAGAGAGCUAUACGAGCUAGCAAAUCAGGAGCUAUGCGAGCCAAAGGGGUUGUUCUUGCAAAGAUGUUUCGUUGCCUCUUCUUCUAUACACCAUCACAUAUCUAA